AUGAGUGUUAUGAAGGAUAUAAUGACAAGUUGGGAUGAGAAUCUUCUUACAGCUGCAGAGAAUGGGAAUAUAAAAGAGGUAGAAUUAUGUAUAAAGAAGGGAGCUAACUUGGAAUGUAGAGAUCGUAGAGUUGGAAGGACACCAUUAAUGUGGGCGGCUGGGAGAGGACACCUGGAGGUGGUGACUUACCUGGUCACUCACGGCAGUCAUUUAGAAGCUACAUCUAUGGGAGGAAUGACACCAUUUAUGUUGGCGGCUAUGUACGGACAACUGGAGGUGGUGACUUACCUGGUCACUCACGGCAGUCAGUUAGACACUUCAGAAACCAGGCAUGGAGAAACAGCUUUACAUUAUGCUGCUAGGAAUGGACGGAUUGAUAUAACAAAAUGUUUAAUAGAUCAAGGAUGCAGUCCUUGGGUGAAAUCAAAACAGGAUAUGUUACCUCAAGACUAUGAUCUAGAUUAA